UGACCGGCUAUGAUGCAGGGAGUUGAGAGAUGAUGAGGAGCGGUGCUGCUUCUUUCACUGUACAUCACUGAUAACAUAUCCGGGGCCGGUGGGCGGUGCGAAGCCUUGAAGAUGCAGGCAGCCUGCGGAUGCUGACCAAAGGAUGUCAGGCGAGGAACUUCCGCAGGGCACGAGCGUUACUUUUGAUAUUUUUGGAGAAAACAAUCCGCGGCAGCGCGCUGGAUGCGUUGGAAGGGAAACUAUGAGAACUAAAAGUCUUCUUUGUUAGCCAAGCCUCAGUGAAUGAAUGCGAGCGAGAAUACAGACAACAAUAGUUUAUUGUUAUUCUUCUUAGCAAAACGAGCAGGCCGUGCUUCCCAGCGUUUCGGUUCGAGGUCUUGUGCGCUUUACGGACACUUCUACAAAUUGUGCCCACUAACACAUCUACUGAGAGAGACAAAGCAGCAACUGUGAAGCGUAAAUACCCGCUGAUCUGCUCAGACGUCUUUAAUGGCUUACUGGCGCGUAUGACACCCAGAGAGAGGUGAUGUGCGAUUUGGUGAAAGCUGUCACUUUUGAUUAAUAACCGAGGCCUUGCUUUUUCUGCAGGAGUUGGCUUUAUUUACAGGGCGGCCAGUAGGCUGAACACGGAUCACAGGCCUUAAGUGAACACAGCAGUGCUGCUUCUAGCAGUGCGCAUCCAGAUCGAUCACAUUGUUUGUGCCGGUAGAUGCUUUUCUCCCUGACGCUCUUCUUGUGGAGGCUCUACCGACAUUUCUACAUCAUGUUCAGCUCUGACCGGCUCACAGUCCCGGAUUACGUCAGCCGGCUGCAGAGAGGGAGGAGCGGCUCCGCAUGCGACCCCAGGGCCAUCUCUCCGGGGAUCAAUGCCGACGUCCAGGCGGUUUUGGACACGUCACUUCCCGCCCUGCGCUCCGCCAUCAGUAGGCUGAAGUCAUCCAGGGAAACAUCGAAUUCAGAUGAGACCCGCAGAGCUAUCGCGGAGAUCUUCCAGCUGGUGGAGGAGGCCUGGGUUUUACCUACCGUGGGUCGUCAAGUGGCCGAGGAGAUCUGCAACAGGAUCCGGCUGCAUGGAGGCCUGGAGCUGCUGCUUCAGCUCCAGCAGUUGCCUGCUGUGGAGAUAACUUACGAGUCUGCAAAACUGCUGGAGCAGAUACUGAUCUCAGAGAACAGGGAUUACGUGGCUCGCAUAGGUCUGGGGGUCAUCCUCAACCUGACUCGUCAGCAGGAAGAUGCUCAGCUGGCUCGGAGCGUCUCGGGCAUCCUCGAGCACAUGUUCAAACACACCGAGGAGACGUCUAUCCACCUCAUCACCAACGGCGCCCUGGACACCCUCCUCUUCUGGUGCCGAGGUACGGACCCCACUGUUCUGCGUCACUGUGCCGUGGCACUGGCUAACUGUGCGAUGUAUGGAGGCCACUGCUGCCAGCGCUGGAUGAUCGAGAAACGGGCAGCUGAGUGGCUCUUCCCACUGGCCUUUUCCAAAGAGGAUGAACUCAUUCGUUUCUAUGCCUGCUUGGCUGUAACUGUGUUAGCUGCAAACAGAGAAAUUGAGAAAGAGGUGGUGAAAUCAGGGACCUUGGAGCUAGUGGAGCCGUUCAUCGCAUCUCUGGAUCCAGAGGACUUUGCCCGCAGUUUACUGGACAGUGCAGACAGCAUGCAGGGAAGGACCGCAUCUGACCUGCAGCAACUUUUGCCGUUACUGGAUGGCACGAGAGUGGAGGGAAAGUGCAUUGCAGCCUUUUACCUGUGUGUUGAGGCCAGCAUCAAGUCCCGUCAGCGCAACACAAAGAUAUUUCAAGAGAUUGGUGCUGUGCAGAGCCUCAAAAGAAUCGUCAUGUACUCCAGCAAUGCCACAGUCUGUGCCCUCGCUAAGCGGGCCCUGAGCAUGAUGGGAGAGGAAGUACCGAAACGAAUCCUGUCAAGCGUGCCCAACUGGAAAACCUGUGAGGUGCAGACGUGGCUGCAGCAGAUCGGCUUCAGCGCUUGCUGUGAUCGUUUUCAGGAACUCCAGGUGGAUGGAGACCUCCUUCUGAACAUCACAGAUGAAGAUUUGAGCUGUGAUUUGAGCAUGACUACCAACCUUACUCGCAAGAGGUUUUUGAGAGACUUGCGUGUGCUGAAGACUUACGCCAAUUACUCCACAUGUGACCCCAACAACAUGGCCGACUGGUUAAGCGAGGUGGACCCCCGUUUUCGUCAGUACACCUACGGCCUAGUCCAGUCAGGCGUGGACCGUCACAACAUCCAGAGCCUGACCGAUAAGCAGCUCCAGCACGACUGCCACAUUGAGAAUGGCGUCCACAGAGCAAAGAUACUGUCUGCCAGCCGCGGGCCCUUAAAACUGAGCCACACCGAUGCACAGCCUUCAGGGCCUGACGUCUUCAUCAGCUACAGACGAACCACGGGCUCCCAGCUGGCCAGCCUAUUGAAGGUGCACCUGCAGGUUCGAGGAUACAGCGUCUUCAUAGAUGUGGAGAAGCUGGAGGCUGGUAAAUUUGAGGACAAACUCAUUCAGAGUGUGCAGAGAGCACGUAACUUCAUCCUGGUCCUGUCUGCCAGUGCACUCGACAAGUGUAUGGGAGACACAGCCAUGAAGGACUGGGUGCAUAAGGAGAUCGUCACGGCCCUGGCUGGUAAGAAGAACAUAGUUCCUGUCACAGAUAACUUUGCAUGGCCUGACCCCAUGUCCCUGCCAGAAGACAUGAGAGCCAUUCUCAACUUCAACGGCAUCAAGUGGUCCCACGAAUAUCAGGAGGCUACGAUCGAGAAGAUCCUGCGCUUUCUGAAAGGACCCCAAGACCAAGUCGACCGCUCAGACGGCUCCAAAGAGCAGAAGAAAUAAACUGAGAUAAACACAGUCCGAUUUCAGCUAUAAUAACUAUCCAUGAUGCCAAAAUUCCACAUAACCUACAGUGAAUAGUCUGGCAGCUUUCCCUGCUCUGACCUAAUGCAUGUGAAAUGAAUCCGGAUGUUUAGAUUACUUGCUGACCGGAAUACCUGAUAUGCACACACUUAAUUAUUAACAAUAAAUACAACUGAUAAGGGGAUUGUAUAUAAAAACUCUAAGCCUUUAAUGUUAGUCAGUGCUGUAUAUGUGUAAUCAGGUACAGUAAGCGCCUUCUGUAUCUCAGGAAAAUAACUGUGAUAGACCAGCUGACAUGGACACCCAGCAACAUUAUCACUGCUAACACAUCAGUGUUCAUCAAAGCUCCUCUAUAUGCAGUCGUCGUUUUUUUUUAACCUGUGUACAUCAAAUGGACCAAAGCAGGUCUCUGACUUUACCAACAUUUCUCCCGUUUUCAUGUUUGGGUUGUGAUAGAAGAAAUCUUCCUCGGCAGACUUGCUGAUUUGUUUAGGAUGAGUGACUACUGUGAGUUUAAUCUAAGCCCCAAAUUUAACCAUAAACAAGUGAAAUAUGUGUAGAGGGAAUAACUCCAUGUAGCGUUAAACAUACUGUUCUGUAAUAAAAGUGGGUAAAAAGGACCUCAAUAUCUGUUCUGUUUUACGGUGUAAUUGUGAAUUACCACACUGUGUAAUCCAUUACUACGGCUGACAUAAGACUUACUUCACCACAGUCUGUCCAAUAGUUAUAUGUCUGCUUUUGAACUGAAAAUGUAUCACCCAUCCAUCUUCUGCUUAUCCAGUCAGGGUUUUGGGAGUGGGUGGGCUGUUUCACCCAGCUGUCACAGGGUGAGAGAUACACCCUGGACUCUAGUACUCUAGCUAUCGCAGGUCUGACACACAGAGACAGAUGAUCAUACCUACAGCCAGUUUAGAAUGACCCAUUAACCUAACCCCAUGCGUGCCUUUGGACUGUGGGAGGAAGCUAUAGUACCGGAGGGAAUCCCCACAGACAUUGGAGAACAGAGAGGCCCCAAACAGCCGGUGGAUUCAAACCCAGGACAAUCUUGCUGUGAGGCAACAGUGCUAACCACCACACCACUGUACUGCCCCAAAGUGUAUCCUUGUUCAGAAAAUAAAUAAAUAAUUAAAUACAGCAA